AAUUCUAAAAUUUAAAAGAAGCUUAAAACUAUAAAAUGGGUGUUUCAGUUUUCACCUCGUCAGCACAAAACUCGCAACGUAUAGAGAAGAGAGACGAAAGAAAAAAAAAACAGAAGGAAAAAAAAAAGUUUCCACUCUCGAUCCAUCCUGAUCAAACGCUAGGAUCUGAGAGAGAGAGAGACAAAUGGCGAAUCAUCGUUUAGAUAAUGAGUACGAUUACUUGUUCAAGAUCGUCCUCAUCGGCGACUCCGGCGUCGGCAAAUCCAACAUCCUCUCCAGAUUCACCAGAAACGAGUUCUGCCUCGAAUCCAAAUCCACCAUCGGCGUCGAAUUCGCCACACGCACUCUACAGGUAGAAGGCAAAACAGUGAAGGCUCAGAUUUGGGAUACAGCAGGACAAGAGCGUUACCGAGCCAUCACAAGCGCUUACUACAGAGGAGCCGUUGGGGCUCUCCUCGUCUACGACAUCACCAAGAGACAGACCUUCGAAAAUUCUCUGAGGUGGUUGCGCGAGCUUAGGGACCAUGCUGAUUCCAACAUUGUGAUCAUGAUGGCUGGAAACAAAUCUGAUCUAAACCACCUGAGAUCCGUUGCUGAUGAGGAUGGUAGGUCUCUGGCUGAGAAGGAAGGCUUGUCGUUUCUGGAGACGUCUGCUUUGGAAGCGAGUAAUAUCGAGAAAGCGUUUCAGACGAUCUUGUCUGAGAUUUAUCAUAUUAUAAGCAAGAAAGCGUUGGCGGCGCAGGAAGCUGCAGGUGGGCUUCCUGUUCCGGGGCAAGGUACUGCUAUUAACAUAUCGGAUUCAUCUGCAGCUAACAGGAAAGGUUGCUGUUCUACCUAGUUACCUCCUCCCCAGCUAUAUGGCAAUGACUAAUCAAUUUCAGGACUUAUCUCUUUUGAUCUCUUACCUUCUUGGCUUAACUUCAGCAAAAGUAUAGCAUACCUUUUUUUUCUUUCCAGCUCUUUGUUUCUUUUUUUUUGGUAAUUGGAUUUAUGUUACAACAGUAUGUUUAGCUGUAUUGAAACUGUGAUCAUUCACACCAUUCCACAAAAAGGAAAGAUUUUUUUGUUUGUUUGUUUC